AUGUCAGGAAUACUACCGUAUAUAGAAGAUACAAAUGGUGAAAAACAUAAAAGACAUAAAGUAGCAACAGAAACAAUAGAAUCAAUAAUACAAGAACAACAACCAAUAAAGAAAAAAUUAGAUAGAUCAUCAUUUCCCAAAGCAGAACCAAUUACUUCUUUCGCUUAUGAAGAUGUAAAUAAUGAUGCAGAAGAGUUAAUAUCUCUUAGAGGAGAAGGAAGAUAUUUUGGAGUAACAGAUCCAGAUGGAAAUAGCAAAACAUCUGGUCCAAUAUGUGAUAAUUGUCAUAAAAGAGGUCAUAAAAGAGCAAAUUGUAAAAUUGUAAUAUGUCAUAAAUGUGGUAAAAUAGAUGAUCAUUAUGAAUCGCAAUGUCCAACUACAAUGAUUUGUUUAAAAUGUGGUGAAAAGGGACAUUAUGUACUGGAUUGUAAAAGUAAAAAUAGAAAAAGAAAAUAUUGUAGAAAUUGUGAUACUUUUAAACAUGGAGAUGAUGAAUGUCCAACUAUAUGGAGAUCAUAUUUAACUAAACACAUACCAAAAAAUAAUGAAGAAGAAGAAAGUUCUGUAUUACCUGUAAUAUAUUGUUAUAAUUGUGGAAGUGAUAAUCAUUAUGGUGAUGAAUGUCAACAAACAAGAUCUUCAAGAAUUCCAAAUUUAGGAAGUGCAUUUAGUGGAAAUAAUUUACCAAGAAAUGUUAGACCAAUAUAUUUUUUAAAUUUAAAAAAUAAUGGUAUUAAUGAUGAAUAUGAACCACAAGUAACAACAAGAGAUUUUAAUUCAAAUUAUGAUAUAAUACGGAAUAAUCAAAAAGCUGAACCUGUCAGAUCUAUCGCAGUAAGAAAGAAUUUCAAUAAUAACAAUAAUUACAAUAAUAACAACAACUACAAUAACAACUACAAUAACAAUAACUACAAUAAUAAUUAUAGUAAUGAUUAUGGAAACAAAAACAUUGCAUCCUUUAAUAAUAAUUCAUAUACUGGUUAUCAAAAUCAGCUACCUGUUCGACCCUUUGCACCAAGGAAUCAUGUAAGCAAUAAUAAUAAUAAUAAUAACACCAAUAAUAUCAAUUUUAAUCAAUUUAGAACCCCAUAUGGAACAAAUAAUCCUCAAAAUGCAUCACUAAAGAGUAGAAUAUCGUCUAGUAAUACUAAUAAUAAUCAACCUUCAAGAAGUGGAGUUAUAAGUUUAUCAAAUAGAAUAUCAAAACCUUCAAGAUCUGGAUUAAUUGAUUCUAGUAAAAAUAGGAAAAAAGGUAAGCAUUUACGAUAUUGA